AUGGGUCUAAUGUUUUGGGUGUCCUUCAAAGGACCCCUUUCUCCUAAUACCCCAACCACUCAUUCGGACGUCAACAGCCCAAAAUUUGCUCCACACUCCGGGCCUAGUCAGCGAUGCUCAUGCUCACGCUACCGCCUUUUCUACUACAGAAGACAAGAGAACUUCUUGCUCGGGGGAGGUGGAAAUACGCCAAAUGCACUGUCUAGUAUUGAAACGACGAAUGGUUGGCAUCACAUCGAGUACUGGUAG